GGUGGCUAUUUUUAAUGCCGUGGUGUCAUUAGCUGGCUGAAGACUAAACAUGAGAAUAGCAGGUGCUGCAAAAUUGGUAAUAGUCAUAGCAAUAUUUUUAUUGACAUUUUAUGUCAUAUCUCAAGUGUUUGAAAUAAAAAUGGAUGCGAACUUAGGACAUAUAUUUGCUAGAUCAUCACUGGAUGCAGCUGCACGCUCUACAAAACCUCCAAGAUAUAAAUGUGGAAUCUCUAAAGCUUGUCCUGAAAAGCAUUUUGCAUUCAAAAUGGCAAGUGGAGCAGCGAAUGUAGUUGGACCUAAAAUUUGUGUAGAAGAUAAUGUUUUAAUGAGUGGAGUUAAAAAUAAUGUUGGCAGAGGAAUAAAUGUGGCUUUGGUCAAUGGUAAAACAGGAGAACCAUUAGACACUAAAUUCUUUGACAUGUGGGGAGGAGAUGUGGCACCAUUUAUUGAAUUUCUGAAGUCCAUCCAGGAUGGAACGAUAGUGUUAAUGGGAACAUAUGAUGAUGGUGCAACCAAGCUUAAUGAGGAAGCACGGAAACUGAUCACUGAAUUAGGAAGCACAUCUAUUACUAACCUUGGCUUUAGAGACAACUGGGUCUUCUGCGGUGGAAAAGGAAUUAAGACUAAAAGUCCAUUUGAACAGCAUAUAAAGAAUAACAAGGACACAAACAAGUACGAAGGCUGGCCAGAAGUUGUUGAGAUGGAAGGCUGUAUCCCUCAGAAGCAAGACUAAAUGAAAACAAAACAAAAGGAAAGGAGAAAGAAUAUGGAAGAAAAUGCACUUUCUGCUAUUAUUAGGGAGAGGGCUAUGAAGGAGACUGUACUGUAAAUAAUAUUUUUAAAGCAUGCAACCAUCUUGUCGGUGUGUGCAUGAGCACUGACAUUUUGAAUAUUGGGAUUAUUUAUUGCUAACACACAUAGAAAUCCUUUUUGUAAAUAUGUCCAAAAUAAAAGAAACAUCAAAUCAUUUCUAUGCAGGUUUCUUGAAAGCACAGUAUUUAGUUCCCCUGUGAUAAAUAAUACCUUGUAGAUCAACUGGCUAAUAAAUUGCAUAUGCGGAUGAUAAACCAAUCCUGAGAAAUGUUGUACUGUCCUCCUAACAGCGUAAUGUUGCUGUGAGUAUGUAACCUCUGUGGAAUAUUGUAGAUUUUAGAGGUAAGUUAAUAAUAAUACAGAGCUUUAAUUUUUUUUAUCCUCUGCCUUUUUAAUGGCAGCAUCACUUUUUAUUAAAGCUAUUUGGUUAUUCUAA